CCUGUGCCGGAGGGGGCCAGAUAGGGCCACGGCGGGAUUUAGUCUGCAGCAGCGGUUCCGGUACGGCCACGCGCUGGCGAGUGCAGGGUCCGGGCGUGUGCGAAGUGCUGCGGCUGGGACGAUGGCGCCGAGCUGUCGGGCCGUAGCACUGCUGCACGUGGCGUGCCUGUUAGCGGCGGCGCGCUUUGCGGCCUGCUCCGACACGGUGCUCCUGCGCCCGCGCGGCUGGCCGCAGGCGGAGUGCGAGCUGUCCACGGAGCACGGCGCCUCCGGGGGCCAGCAGGGCGACGACAGCCGCGCCGACUUCUGGAUGCGUGGCUGGCUGUCCCGGCAGUUCUACCGCUGCCGCCUGGACGCCACCGACGACGUCCGCGCCGGGCUGUUCGCGGCCAGCCAAGGAGGCCUCCUGCCGCUCACCGCCAGGUGGACCAUCAACCUCAACAAGUUCCGCAGAUCCCACUGGCCGGACAACUACCGGCUAAUGAGCGCGACGAGGACGCCGCAGUUCGACUGCCUGGCCGGCGAGACCCCCCUGCCGGGUCCCCUGUUCCCGCUCACAGCCCGACGUCCCGGCACCCAGUGGCACAAGUGCUUCCCCGUUCCCGACAAGCACCACGGCGACCGCUUCGUCACCAGCGACGGCCUCGUCACCAUAUCGUUCCAUGGCGGCGCGCCGACCGUCGUGUGUGGAGUCUCCCGAGAAGUUCAGCCCACCUCGCUGCCGCUGCGCGCCAUACUGCCCCUCCCGUACUCGUGCUUCUUCGCCACGUACCUCGACUUCCCGUCCCUCUCCGACCCUCCGGCGAGCGACGUGUUCCAGAAACUGGUCGCGGACAAGUGGGUUUGUCCGUUCUCCGGCACUUUCCCACCGUUCCAGUGCUGGCCGGCGGCGGACGACCCGAGCAGGCCGUUCGAUUUCGACGUGCUCUUCGAUGGCAAACACGCACACAGGUGUCUUUUCCAGACACUUUGCGGCGAAGGACAAGUCUCUACUGUAGCCUCGGUAUCGGACUAUUCCAGUGGGGAUAUGGAAGUCACUAAAAGUGACAGCUUUCCUUCCACAUUACACACCAAUCUCGAUUCUCUCCUCGUAUCUAAACUGAACUUCAGACCCACUGGUGCAGAUGGAAUGCCAGACGAGGUAACCAUGCCGUCCUUCUCUGAAAACGACAUAACGGGUUUUUAAAUACAACUCUUUCAAAUUUCUGGGCAGCUACCAGUUACAGGGCUGACACAAAUUUGGGCACACACAGUAAUAAGACUGUUCAGAUCACUUAAGGGGGUUAGGACGUCAUACGGGCCGACUUGGAGCAGAAGAGGCACCACAGGACAUUUUAUUUUCUACUGUCUAUACUUUUACAAAUAAAUUCAUACAACUUUGUCAGCACCACCAGGAAGGAUUCAGGAUUCACAUUCAUAGCAGUGGAAGUGCAAAAACAUAGCAAAAUAAUUUUUUUUAGAUAUGAAAUGUCAUCAUUUUUUCACUUACUCUUGGCUGCAUUUAUUGCUAUAGGUACAUUUUUCUUCACAAUUAAGAGAGAUUCUUUGAUGAAUUUUGCACAGCAUACAAACCAUACUUACAGGUAUAUGAAACCUUGUGGAAACAAUGAACCCAUUGACCAAGAAUUAGGGCGUAUAUUAAAACAAAAAAUGCGCUUUCAUUCAAAUAUAUUUACAGAAACAUGACGGUAAAAACUUUUCUUGGUGUGAUAUUUUUACAUUAAUAACUUCGCUAGCGCAAAAGUGAUGGCCUCUCAGAAACACUUCUCAUCCGAUUUUAAGGAAACUAUUCACUAAAAAAAGACUGAAACUUUAAACAUCUCAUAGUCACAUAUGUUAGCUUGAUAAUGAACUGACAAUCUUUUCGUAAUUCGUUAUGUUUAUGGUUCAACUUUGAAAUGAAGUAAGCCAUUGCAUGUGCUUAUUGAGAAUUUUCAUGUUAGUACUAGUUUACUUUUGGUUUACGUAAUAUAAUACAUUAUUGGCUUUGAAAUGUAGCUAACAUAUCAAAGUUCUAUUUAGAGUUUGCCCUAAAGUGAUAUCUAUUUUUAUUCUCGAGUUAUUAGUUUGUAUGUGUGGCGUAAGGUUAGUGUGAGGUUCAUCCAAUUCUGUACUGCACAUUGUAUAGGACUGAAAUAAUUCUUUAACACUUUGAACUGAACUACCUAAAAAAGAAGUACCUAUUUUCCUUUCUUUAUAUACAUGGCAGCACUAUGUAGCAUUGAAGCCGAGUACAGUCAGAAUCGACCUGAAGCAUUUUAGAGCUACAAAUAAUCGUGUCGAAUGAGGCUCAACAUCGGAGCGGAAAACAAAAUUUGCAAUGUUGAGCCCCACUCGACCGGGGAGUGGAAAGCGUUAAACACUGUGGUAAAAAUUGAGAUAAUUAACUAAAAAAUUUGAUUUUUUUCUAAACAUAAAGUUUAAAACGUAACAACUCAUUCACUUUUUCAUACAUUAAAUAGAUUCUGGAGUUUCAGACACCUGUAAGUAUGGUUUGUAUGCUGUGCAAAAUUCAUCAAAGAAUCUCUCUUAAUUGUGAAGAAAAAUGUACUUAUAGCCACAAAUGCAGCCAACAGUAAGUGCAAAAAUGAUGAAAUUUCAUAUCUAAAAAAAAUUAUUUUGUUAUGUUUUCGCACUUCCACUCCUAUGAGUGUGAAUCCUGAAUCCUUCCUGGUCAUGCUGACAAAGUUUUAUGGAUUUACUUGUAAAAGUAUAGACAGUGGAAAUAUAAAUGUCCUGUUGUGCCUCUCCUGCUCCAAGUCGGACCGUUUGACGUCCUACCCCCCCGUAACGAUUUCUUUAUUAAUUACAAUAUUUCAUAGCACGGUUCGGCUGCUGCCGACAUCUAAUCCAAACCUACAACCUCUGCAGCAAACUUCACAGCGAAUGAGCAGUAAGUCCAACGCUAAAGCGGCGCAUCAACUGUCAACUUUUCACUACAGAUUACACAAACACAAAUGGGCAAAUACGACAGCACUCGUAUUUGUGUAAACCGUGGUGCAGAGCUGAAAGCAGACGCCACGCUUGGUACUGAUUAUCCUACAGGACUUUUAAAUUUGGAUCAGAUAUCAACAGCAGCUGCAAGAUGUUAUGCAAUAAAUAAAUAUAAAUCUCUGGGUGAUGUAGACAGUACUGUGCGUAAAAUUUAAUAACGGUCGCGGACUCAUUUCAGGAAUUAAUUCUCCUGAUAAUAUCUCGGAGACAUACAUCUAUUUCAUCGUAAAAGGGAGCAUGUAAGAAACGAUUAAGACCUUUCGUUUUACUUUGUCUUAUCGCACAAUAUAACAAGAGAAACUGCUUGUUCACUGUGACUCUUCCAUUUGUAACAGCAUUCGCAAACAUCCAGUCAUAGCUAUCAAUUCUGAGUGAUCAUCAACGGUGUAGCAAGAAGUUCUUUUAUGUGGCAUUUUCCUCUUUUCAUAGUCAAUCUGCUCCUAAUUAAUUACCUGAAAACGAAGGUAGGAUGUAUUUUGCUGCACUCAGUCUGUUUCUCUACAUCAGUGUUUUUCAACUUUUUUGAAUAUGCGAUCCCUGUCCUAGUAAAAAUAUUCUGGCGACUCCCAGAACUAGGUGGGUUGAGUGACAAGUAAUGCCACCAUCUUCAUUAAUUGGGUUUGGAUGGGAAUAUUUUAAUAAAUGAAACGCAGAAAUAAUCCUUAGAAUGUGAUCUUCAAUUACCAAUAUUCACUUUUACACAUAAUCACCAGCCAGUUGGAUACAUUUCUGCCAACGAAUGCAGUGAUGAACAAGUUUUCUGAAGCCGUCACGAAAGAAGACGACACUUUGUUUCCGCAACCACUGUUUCACAGUUCUCUCGUAAUGGUGUACCCAUGUUUCGUCUGCUGUCACAAUUGAAUGCAGAAAGACGUCACCUUCAUUCUCGUAACGAGAGGAGAGUGCCCGGCAAACUUCAAGUCUGUGUGCUUUCAUUUCAGGAGUCAGCAUCCGGGGUACCCAUCGUGCACAGAUCUUCCGACAGCCAAACAGAGCAAUAAUGUGACCCACACGUUCUUGUGAAAUGCCGAUUGUGCUUGCAAUUUCUCUCUGAGUGAUAUGACGAUCGUCCUGAAUCAAUCUGUCAACAUUUUGCUUGUGGAACUCGGUGGUUGCUGUUACAGGACGCCCAACACUGUGUGUCACGCAGGUCUGAUGUUCGCGCCUCAACAUCUUUAAACUUACUCGCCCAACGACGCACAGUACUCCCAUCAACACAAUCACAAUAAACUGCUUUCAUUCUCUGAUGAAUAUUCUUAGGGGUGACACCUUCUCCUGUCAAGAAUUCAAUGUCUGCACGUAGCUUAAAUAGCACUGACCGACCGUCUACGCAGAGUUCGAUACUUUACACUGUAACAACACAACCAUUCAAUGCUAAGGCUUCCCGUCAACUGGAGCUGUAAAGAAGAGGCUGUGAAACAAACCAGUACCUGCCGCAUACCGGUGCUGCCAACUGUUGAAGAGUUACGAAGGUGGAGGCAUUACUUUUCAGUCAACCGUCGUAUAAGAAAAGUAUGUCGGUGAUUUCAAAGGCAACGUAUUUACUUUUCUUUUUAUUGACACUAUACUGAUGGAGAAAUCAAGUGCAUGUGAAAAGAGGUCGCAGCGCUCUAUAGGAAGAGAUAUAAUUAUAUUCCUUGCCGCCGUAGUGGCGUGGAUGUGAGAAGAGGUCAGCAUGAGCACUGUCGCGUGUUUUUGGUCACUACAAUCAGUUGUCCGAGUACGCCAGCAAGUACGGACGAGAUUAUUGUCUUCGCGCUUCGCUCUGAGCGAGCAUAAAAUGGACAAGUCUCUUUUAAGCUGCAACUGCUUUCUCCUGCGUCCGCGAUACCUGAGCUACCCACAGGCUGAAAAACACAGCUCUAGACCAUAGAGCGUAACGAACUUGCGAACGUUAGUUUUUGUGUCACUUUGAAGUUAUGACAGUAAUGAACAAGGCUAACUUCGCCUCAGAUAUGUAGUGACCACGAACAGACCUUUGGUGAAAUAGGAAAGACAACUUUCUCAACAAAAUCAGAAAACAUUACUUAUUUUUACACAGGGUAAAAAAGUUUGGGGGGGGGGUCAAUAAAAACUUGAAAUUCUUGUCUUAUGUUGUUGGCUGCAAAAUAUUAUUUAACUAUAAUUACAAAGUGUUGCAAAGUGUAAUAAUUUUUAUUCUUGAUGUAUAUUUCGUGAACAAAAUAAAAUGUUGAACAAUCAUCAAA